UCUAUUACUACAAAACAACAACAGAUGUCAUAAAUCUUUAUAUCAAAUGAUGGAAGAAGCCUGUGAUUCAUCUGGAAAAGUGAAAACAGACUUCAUUGUCCACCCUGAUGGCAGUAUUACUGCUGAUGAAAUCACUGUACCAGCUGCUUCUGCUCCUGCUUUGUCUGUUGAAGCCACAAAGGAAAGAUUGGUAAUUAGAGAGUUGAAUGUGAGAAAUUUCAAGUCAUAUGCUGGAAGUCGAACGAUUGGUCCAUUUGAUAAGAAUUUUUCAUGCAUUGUUGGCCCUAAUGGAAGUGGAAAAUCCAAUGUCAUUGAUGCUUUGCUCUUUGUUUUUGGAUAUAGAGCACAAAAAAUUCGCUCCAAGAAAGUGAGUGUUCUUAUUCAUAAGAGUGAAAAAUAUCCUGAUCUUGACAGUUGUUCGGUGACUGUGAAUUUUGCUACAAUAAAAGACGAGGGAGAAAAUUUUACUAUUCUGCCAGGUUCAAAAUUUAAUGUGACAAGGACUGGGUAUAAAGAUAACAGCUCUACUUAUGAAAUCAAUGGUAGAAGAGCGCAGUAUAAAGAAGUAACUAAUUUAUUAAGAAACUAUGGAGUAGAUUUAGAUUUCAACCGUUUCAUGGUUUUGCAGGGAGAAAUUGAGUUAAUUUCAAUGAUGAAACCCAAAGGUCUUACUGAUCAAGAGACAGGUAUGCUGGAAUACAUUGAAGAUAUUAUUGGUACCAGUCACUUUAUAAAUGCUAUUCAACAUUUCCAUACAAAAUUAGAAGAAGCAAAUGAAAAAAGAAUUGAUCCAGAAAAUGUUCCUCGUCUUUUUGAUUUGAUAUCCGUGAAAGACAAAAAUGUGUUGCCUGCUUUUUAUUAUGCAUUAAGGAAUACUUUAGUUGCAAAUGAUCUGGAUCAAGCCACUAGGGUUGGUUUAAAAGGAUCUACUAGACAUAGAGUUGUAACUCUUAAAGGAGAGCUAAUUGAUUUAUCUGGCACUAUGAGUGGUGGUGGUGGAGGCAGAUGUUUCAAGGGACGAAUGGGACAGUCUGUGUCAGACAACAGUUUUUCCCAAGAAGAAAUAGAUAAGCUUGCAGAAGACACUGAAAAUCUUGCUAAUGAAUUAGCAGAAUUAAAACAUUCUAAAUUAAAACUAAAGGAAAUGAAUGAAGUCAACAAAAAAGAGUUAGCUUCAUUGCAACAUUCAGUAAAAAUGUAUAAACACAAUUAUGAGGAUUUUAAAGCAGCUGCUCCUGACCAAGAAGAAAUCUCUGAAAUACAACAGAAAAUAGAUCAACAUCAGAAAAAUUAUACUACUGCAACAAAUGAAGUAGCUGUAGUUGAAAAUAAAGCUAAAGAUUUGCAAGAAAAAAUAAUGGCUAUUACAAAAGGAAAAUAUGGUACAGCUCAGAAAAAAAUUGACAAAGUAAUCAAAGAAAUUGAUCAAGCAUCUCAAAAUAUCACUAAGAAUAAGACAGCUCUAAAAAAUACUGAGAAAAAUCUUAAGAAAUCUGAGGAUAAAAUUGAAUCUUUAAAAGCUGAGUUGGAGAGCUGUCAGAAAGCCAUGGAAGCAUUCAAAGAAGAAUUUAAAAAUCUUGAAAGUAGAGGGCUAGAAGUUUCUAAUAAAAAGAAAGAAGCUGAGGAUGCCCUAAUGCUGUGCCAAGUUCAGAAAGCUGCUGUUUCUGGUGAAAUUAAAGGCUUGUCUUCAAAAGUGAAUGAGAUUAAAAGUGAGAUGAUCGAAUAUAAAAAUAAAUUAAAACUACUGGAUGUAGAAAUAAGAAGCAAGCAGAGUCAACUCAAAACACUGAAAAACCAGUUGUCUAAACUGGAAUUAAAUAAUGUUGAAGAAGGACCUACUGAACUCCCAGAUCUCACAGAAAAAGAAAUCAAUAAAAUAUCGAUCAAUUCUCUUUCUUGUAGUAUUGCUGCAUUAGGGCAGGAAUAUUUCUUAAAGUUGAUGGAUGCCCUAAUGCUGUGCCAAGUUCAGAAAGCUGCUGUUUCUGGUGAAAUUAAAGGCUUGUCUUCAAAAGUGAAUGAGAUUAAAAGUGAGAUGAUCGAAUAUAAAAAUAAAUUAAAACUACUGGAUGUAGAAAUAAGAAGCAAGCAGAGUCAACUCAAAACACUGAAAAACCAGUUGUCUAAACUGGAAUUAAAUAAUGUUGAAGAAGGACCUACUGAACUCCCAGAUCUCACAGAAAAAGAAAUCAAUAAAAUAUCGAUCAAUUCUCUGCAUUAUGAAAUUGGUGAAAUUCAAAACCAAAUAAAAGGUACGAAUCCUGAUCUUGGAGCCAUUGCUGAAUUUAAACGUAAGGAAGAAAUAUGUAAAAUGAAACUCCAAGAUUUGGAAGAAAUAGUAUUAGAGCGAGAUCACUAUCGUAACCACUAUGAAAACUUUCGUAAACACAGAUUGGAAGAAUUCAUGAGAGGAUUCAACAUCAUAACUCUUAAAGUCAAAGAAUUGUAUCAGAUGUUGACCUUGGGAGGUGAUGCUGAACUGGAACUUGUAGAUUCGAUUGAUCCAUUUUCUGAAGGCAUUGAAUUCAGUGUGAGACCUUUGAGAAAGUCAUGGAAGAGCAUUCGCAAUCUUUCGGGAGGUGAAAAAACAUUGAGCUCCUUGUCUCUGGUGUUUGCUUUACAUUAUUAUAGAAGUACACCUUUUUUUGUGAUGGAUGAAAUAGAUGCUGCUCUUGAUUUUAGAAGUGUCUCUAUCAUUGGUUCUUAUAUAAAGGACUGCACCAAAAAUGCUCAAUUCUUUGUUAUUUCUCUUCGUGAGAACAUGUUCAUGCUUGCUGAUCAUCUUAUUGGUAUUUAUAAAACAAACAACUGUACCAAAGAUGUUCAUUUUCACCCACCACCUGAAGAAACUAUUGCAAAUAGGGAAAGGGCUGAGAAUGCAGAUUUUGAUAAACUGAGAACUAUUAAGCCUAUUCCUUAUCACUAUGAGAGUAGUAAGGAAUUGUCAGAAACAUCACUCAAGAAAACUGAUGACAGUCAAAAUGAGCUAGUUGAUUAUUCUUCCAAGGAAACCUUGGUUGAACAAGGAAAUGUGAUUACCAAGAAGAUUUCUAUUCCAAGUGAUGAUACAAAAGAUAAAGAAAUUAAUAGAAGUAAAACUGAAACUUCUCUUAUUGAAAAUGUGAGUAAAAUUGAUAAAGAGAAUCUCAGCAGAUCCACUAGAUCCAACCUCUCUAAGUUACAAACACCAAAACGGGAAAAUUGUUGAAAUGGAAAAUGACAGUGUGUGGUCUGAUGACGAUGAUUUUGUCAUUAAUAUUCCAAGACAAAAAAAUUGCAAAGAAUAACUAUUGAACAGGUGUACUGUAUUUUAUUAUCUUCAUUUGCAGCAUUUUUACAAAGCUAUUUUAUAUGCUUUUUCUCAUUUAAAAGUAUUAAUUAUUGUUCAAAUAAAUAU